AUGGCAAUCCUCCCAUUAGCCAAUGGUGUUAAUAUAUCCCACGAAGAUGAUCACUUUUCCAAGUCUCGCGCAUCAAUUCCGAGCCAUUUUCUUGGUGCAAGCCUCGGUGAGAAAUCCGAUUACCGGGAGGCCCGGCGCAAGUCCGAGAAUGAGAUUAGGACAGAUGACCUGGGAAAUGUGCGAGAGCGUCUUCCUUUUUAG